ACUGCAUCCCGUCAAUAACCACAGAGUUUGGUCUAAUACGCGGAUAGUUUAUACUAAAAUUCGAGCAGAUCUAAUUAAUUGUUCUUUUUCUUUUCAGGUUGAAACAUCUGCUGAAAAUAAACCAUUUCCUUUCUUUGUUUUUAUUUGUUCCAUCUUUUUAAAUAUAUAUUACACUGCUCUCACAACGUACACAUAAAAUAGGCGAGUAGGCCUAGUCAGAGUAGUCUGAUUUCGCCCAGUUCCAGGUGACAGAAGAAUGUCAAUAAGUCAUCAGUCAAGUGGACGUGCAACGUUCGUUCAAAAACAGUGAGAUGUCACGCUACGGUCAGUCAAAAGGGAGAUACAUUCACUCCUGGGACGCAAACUCAUGUACACCCAGCGGAUCUUAAGCUUCCACUAAGAGCAGAGAUAUCUUCAAAGGCGAAGAUAAAAGCAACUGAUGAGAUUUACCGCCCUGCGAUGGCUGUUAUUGAGGAUGUGAUAACAGAAAGCAUACAGCAGGACAACAUGUUCCUGGUGCCAAAGCAGAAACUAUUAAAAAGAUCAGUCAAUCGGUACAGGUCCAAGCAGAGGCCAGCAGAACCAAAGCAGAAACUAUUAAAAAGAUCAGUCAAUCGGUACAGGUCCAAGCAGAGGCCAGCAGAACCAAAGGAUUUGGAUUUUAUGGUGAAUGCAGAGUAUCUUCACUGUGAAGAUUUUCUUCUAGCAGACAUCCGUGUGAACGACUCCCGACACUUUGUGUUUGCUACUCCAUUCCAACUAAAUAUUAUGCAACAAGCAAAACGAUGGUUCAUGGAUGGAACCUUUAAGGUUGUUGGCGAUCCAUUCAGCCGGGCAGGACAGCUGAUGUCCAUACAUGCAUUUGUUCGAAAAGAUGGCAAAAGAAAACAGUUCCCACUGGCAUUUGCUUUAAUGUCCAGAAAGCGCAAGGAAGAUUAUGUUAAGAUCCUAGAUGCCAUCAAACAGAAAAUGGAGAGAAAUGUGCUGGAGACGUUUGUUGUUGACUUUGAGAAAGGAGCUUGGCAAGCAAUCAGAGAAGUUUUUUCUGAUGUGGAUGUCAAGGGAUGCGUCUUCCACUGGACGCAAGCAGUCUGGUGCCACAUCCAGGAGCUAGGGCUUGUGACUAGCUACAGGAAACGAGAAGCGGUCCACAGUUAUAUCCGGCAACUGAUGGCCCUACCGUUUCUACCAUCAGCCCACAUCGUGGAAACGUUUACAGUUCUGCGAGCUUGGGCAAAUAACGGACCACUCAUUGAGUUAACGGAUUACAUGGACAGGCAGUGGAUAAGGAACCCUAUCUUUGAUGUGCCAUCGUGGUGUGUGUUUGGAUUGACUAUCCGCACGAACAAUGAUGUGGAAGCAACUGAACCAAUGGAUUUGGAGUCAUUGAUUAGAUGUCGAACAUGAGAUUCAAACGACAAACUAUUAAACAAAUUACAUUGCAUCUUGAUAUUGAGAACAGAAUGAUAGAACUAAUAGAACAGUUUCAACUGAUAUGUGAAAGAAAAAUUGGGGUAGUGGGUGAAAUUGCUGCUGA